AUGGGUGAAUUAAUUGUCACAGGCCACAAAUCUCAACUGGAUGUCACUGGUUCUUCCAAAACUGCACUCCUCUCAGCAUAUGAUGAGUGCAAGACUGCCAAAACACAGUUAAUAGCGACCAACUUAUCUAGGACUGCCUCUUUAGAUAGAGACAAGUAUGUGAGCGUAAUCAGUGAGCGUGGUAGUAGAAGUUUAUCUGUGGAGCGGGCAGAAGCUAUAUUUUUAGAAAAAGAGAAUAGUGAUGGUGUUAUAAACAGCGGGCGUAGAAGGCCACCGCGAUGUCCCUCUUCGCAAGAGCCCAAGAGCCCCCAGGAGGUGUCCAAAGCCCUCAAGGAUGCUCUCACGGCACUCGAACGGUCUGACAAAAAGGCUGAAAAGGCACAAGAGGACACUAGCAAGAGCCUGACGCAGAUCAAGACGAUGCUGUAUGGCACCAGCGAUUCAGAGCCUCAGGAUAUUGUGUUAGCACAGCUUGCUCACGAGUUUUACAACAGCAAUAUGCUAGAUUCAGCAGGAGGUGCAAUUUUGAAUUUGGAUAUUUGGCUCACAUUCUAUUUAACCGUGGUUUGGCAUUGCAGAUAUGAACACCAAGACAUUGCUCUACACUGUGGCACUAUGCUGCGAGAGUGUGCCAGGUAUGAGGCUCUUACACGAAUUAUUCUGUACAGUGACGACUUCUAUAACUUUUUCAAGUAUGUGGAAGUGUCAACCUUUGACAUCGCAUCUGAUGCCUUUUCUACGUUUAAGGAACUCCUGACAAAACACAAGAUGUUGUGUGCAGAGUUCUUGGAACAGAAUUAUGACCGAGUGUUCACACAGUAUGAGCAUCUUCUAAACUCGGAGAAUUAUGUGACUCGUAGACAGUCACUCAAGUUACUUGGGGAACUUUUAUUAGACAGACAUAACUUUUCUGUGAUGAAGCGAUACAUCAGCAACCCCGAUAACUUGAAACUGAUGAUGAUAAUGUUAAAGGAGAAAUCCCGCAAUAUCCAGUUUGAAGCCUUCCACGUGUUUAAGGUCUUUGUAGCCAACCCCGACAAGCCCCGACCCAUCUUGGAAAUCCUCUUACGGAACCAGGACAAGCUUGUCGAGUUCUUGACGCGCUUCCACACAGACCGCUCCGAAGACGAGCAGUUCAAUGACGAGAAAGCUUAUUUAAUUAAGCAGAUUAAGGAACUGAAACCUCUUCCCCCCGGACCAGUAGUAAUAGUGAAACCUGAAGAAUUGAGUGGCAGCGAUGGAGUAGCUUGGGCAAAGUCUGGGCUGGCUGUUGAUUGA